UUGACAGGUCAGCGAGCCACUUUAUAGCUUUCCGAGUAGCAUAUUUUAAUUUUAUUUUCUAUUAUCCUUUCGUUUAAGAGUUAUAAAUAAUACAUACGUAGUCUUUAUAGUAGAAUAAUUAUCCUAUUAGAUUGUACGAGGGUGCAAUUGCAGUGUUACAUAAACUAGAGCCAAUCGUGUCGGCGGUCCCGAUGUCUAUAAGUAUAGUACGUCAGUGAUUGAAUGUUGGCUGUAAGAUAAUGGAUGUGGAUGCUCCUAACAUAUUGAAAAGGUGCAGUAGCGCACCUUUGAUCAAUGAGGCGUCUUCUACAGCGGCCACGUCGCCCACAACAACCACAGCGCCCAGGAACACGUCGUUCUUCAAUAUGUUCUCGAACAACAACCGCACGCGGCGGUACAGUCACGGCAGCGGCGGCCUCAGUCCGCUGGCGGCACCUGUCAAUGUAGCUAAUUCGUGGGGCCGCGCGACCCCUAGAGACCGCCUGAACCAGCUGCGGGCCGAGGAGUGCGCUGACGUCAGCAACACACGGGAGGUGGCGCACGAGCGGGAGAUACACAACGCCAUGCAGAUGGGGCAGUCCUGUGAAGACCUCACACUUGUACCUGGGCUUGCUAACUCACCCACGCGGUUACCCAGGUUUUCGCCGUCACCGUCCGUGGUAUCGCCAUCGCCAACACGGAAGUACCAGACGACGCGGCGCAGUCUCUCACCAACCAUAGCUAUAAGAGCGUCAAGCUUCAGUCCAGUCAGCCUGAGUCGACCGAACCAGCUAGUGGGCAAGAGACGGUGCGAUGAAGCAGACUCACCCCUAUCUAAACGUAUGUGCACGUCUGACAGACUAACCCCCUCAACACCAGGAACGCCGGACUCUGACUCCUUAGAGUGUACAUUCAGGCCGGUAUCACCUAGAGCUCAACCAAUGAACGAGUCACCACACGAGUCUCAAGAUGCCCAGGAGAAUCACAAAACCAGUCCUAGCUAAUAGUUUGUAGGGUAUUAAAAGGUGAUGUUAGUGGGGUUCGCAUAAAGUUGGUGGGUGUGAUUGUUAGAUGAAAUAACAUUAUUUAUAACACCGACAGUAUAUGAAUGUCAAUGUAUAAAUAUGCUUAAUGAUGUAACAAUUUUAUGCGAAUUCCUAUUAAUUUGAGAUGAUACUACCCACGUCUGUCGUAACGGACCUAUUAUUCUUUAUAGGGUAAUGCGUUUAUUCCAAUAAAAGUAGCCUUUGGCAAUUAUUGGUUCCUAUAAUCAAUAUGAAUUUGUAGGUAGACGUGAUAGCAAGCUAUUGUAAUUGAGAGGUGCAAUCUUUUAUAAAUAUUUAUAUGUGUUUAAGCAAAAAUGUGUAAACAUGCGGAACAAUAGUUAAAGAAACUGCUAAAGGCAACAAACAUAUAGAUUAAAGAAUUGAAAUAACAUUUUGCUGUGAACUAAACAAAUACAUUAUAAAUAGGACAGCUUUUUGUAUAAAUUUCUUGGGAUAAUUAACAAUUUUGAUUUGAAUAACCUCCUAAAUACAAUUACUUGUUCUCAAACACAUGACGAAGGCAUUGGCUAAUAGGUAGAAAUUCUACCGUACGGUUAUUUCGCUUUCUUGUAGUACAGGGUAUUAUUGCUUAUAUUCACGUAUAUUUCAAUGCUACAAUUUAAUUUUUUCGUGUCUAAAUUGGCAACAUUGAUGACUGCUGCCGAUGCAUUAGUAUUGCCAGUUGAGAGCGAAUAGAAAUUGUGACUUUAUGAAAUGGAACGUAGACUGUUUGUAGUGCUAGCAAACUUGUGAUUUAUUUACACAGUAGGACUUAAAAUACACCACGUGCUAUGCGUGCGAGUGACGUCACAAUUGAGUGUUCAAAUGGAAAGAAGGCAGUGCCUUUUCUGGGGUAUUUUAUAAUGCAAACUUGGCGACACUAGCACAUGUAGCGACGGCCUUUAUAUAAAGGUAAUAGUACUAAUUCUUGCAGACGCCUUCUAAUUUUAUUUUAAGUUAUACCUGUAAUUUUCUCAUCCGUUAAAAAAGGAAGGGACGGGUAAUCGACAGGCGUAAAAUUUAUGGAAUACACAUCAAUUUUAAGGAAAUCUAAAAUAUAAAAAUUUUACAUCGGCCAAUAAGCCGACUGAAUUAAGUAGACAGCACGUCUAACGGCUUAGAGAUGCCUAUUUUAUUCGCACGGGAUAUCAAUUCAUUUUAAAAUUAACUUGUUGACAAUCAUCCGUCCCUUUCCUUUUCGGCGGAUAAGAAAAUGAAUAGAAUAGAAUAGAAAAAGUUUAUUAUAAAAUGACGGGUAUAACUUAAAAUAAAUUUAGGAGGUGUCUGCAAGAAUCGGGGCCACUAUUUCCUACUGAUUCGGUACUUUCAUAAAACCUAAGCCAAUGUCUUCAUUUUGUACAGUAGAUUAAGUUUAGGAAGAAACGCGACGAGUGCCCUAUUGUUAGCCAAAGCAUCCAAAACUUUAUUUGUAAAUAUUUAGGUGCGUCCUAUGUACUGGACGGUGUAUAUAAUUAGCGAUAAGAUAAUCUAGCCAUUACCAGCGUGCAGAUAUUAUUGAUACACGCAAAAUGAGAAUUUUGAUUUCGUAGCAUUGUAAGUCUCAUUGUUGAUUUUCAUCGGUCGUUUUUUUUGUAAUUCAUAUAUUGGACGCGUAAUGUAUUAGCAUACAAUUAUCCUUCAAGAAUAUCAAAGCUUAGCUUUCAGUAAUAUUUCCAUUCGAAAAAUGUAAUCACAUAAAUGUUUGUAAAGGCCUAAUUAUAGUCCAAAGUAUAAAACUGUUCUAAUAAUAAAUAUUCAUAAAAUAUGCGUCCAUGUUUCGUGAGAAACACGUGGAUUAUACGAAAUUUAAAACCCACCGUUAUAAAAAUCAUUCAUAAGUUUGUUCAUAAUGCGUUUUUGAUGCAAAACUAAUAUUGCCGCAUUAGUGCCAAAACCUGCUACUUUUAUCACGUGAUUUGCUUGCAUUAAAAACGCAUUCUCAUAAUGCUAUAUCACUGCAAAGCAUUUAGAUAAUAGAUAAUCAUUGACCUUAGAAAAUAAUUAUAUUGGCGAGUUCGCAAAUUAACAAGGAAUGUUAUUUGAAAUGUAACAUAUCGAAAGUUUAAUAUGAUGAUUAUUAUAAUACUAAUAUCAAUCAUACAGGUAUUAUUCGUACUAUUCAGUAAAUGUCCCUUCAUUUGUAGUGAACAUUCAAUGUUAAUUUGCCAACUUUCCACCAUGCAUUGUGUUCAUUUUAUUUCAGAUAAACUACAUUAUUCUAUUACAUUUCUUUAAGUCCAAUCCAUAUGUAAAAUAUGAUAUAAUAGUAAUAUUUCGCGGUGUCUUGACAUAUAUACACGUAUAUACAUAUUUAUAUAUAUACAUAACCCGUGUUACCGCCUUAAGUUUACGGGGAUAUAAUGUAUCUGAUUAGAACAUUGUCAAUACUGAAUGAUUACGUAUAUAGUGACGUGAAGAACUUGCUAACGUAAAUAAAAGUUGAAUAGGUAAUGGUUUUACCUAACCUGAAGAAUUUUAAAGAAGCGACUGCCUGUCUGACCCGCGCAGGGAUAACCAGCCCAAUACAAGUUAGGGUUUGGGUUUCUCACGAUGUUUUCCUUCACCGCUGAGCACGUGAAAAUCUUUCAUAAUCGAAACAUGCAUUCGAAAACAAAUUCUAAAAUAAUUGGUUUAGUAAGGUCCGUGCUGGGGAUCGAACCUGCGACCUCAUAAUGAGAGUCGAGCGUUCUUCCAACUAGGCUACCACGGCUACGAAAAAUAUAAAUUUAAAAUAACUAAUAACACAAAAUAAAUCCUUAUCUUCAGUUGAAAGUGAAAGGUGGAAAGGACAGGAGCGGCAGGCUACAUAAGGCGUACAGCUCCGCUGUCACUCGUCUAUUUACCACGUUUAAAAUUUAUUUAACAAAUUUUCCUAGCUUCAAAGCUUUCUUGUACUUCUAUUUUUACCAUUUUCAUCUUAAAUUAAAUAAUAUAUCUUGUAAACAACAAAUAUUAAACUUUUAUUUACGUUAGCAAGUGCUUACUUCGCUACAAUAGGUAAAAUUGUCUGUUUACACAUCCUUAUGGUUAUAGCACAUCAAACCUCAUCACCCAAGGUGGCAUCGGUUCGCCUCAGAAUAAAACAUACGAAUAAUAAUAUGAUCUUUAAUUUGUAAUUCAUGUACAUACAGUACAUGUCAAAUUGUAGAGUAUUGUGUAAGUAACAAUUUUAAGUUUUUAAAUGUUUCAUUUUGAGGAGAAUUCAUGACUAAUUUUAUGCUACAACCUUUGAUCACUUUGGAGGUGGACUGAUCGUCAAAUACUUCGCCAGAACUACAUCAUUCAUCCGUUCCUAAUAAUACUAUGUAAACAAGUUAUUUAUACUAAUAAUCUAUUUUAGUAGUAUCCAAUUUAAGCUGUUCACAAAAUAACAAUCACAUAAUGUUAUGCAGGAAUCUAUGUUAAUUUGGUUACUUAUAAAUUAGUAUUGGCACUUUUUCCCGCUAAAUUUCUGUGAUUGAUUUUGAAUUAAGAACGCCCUUUUUUCAACGCUUAUGACCCGCAUAAGUUCUGUACAAACAAGGAUCGGUUGUCGGGAUAAGAUGGCAUAAAGAUCGGAAUUUGGUGAUUAUAUUAGAAUGGUCGAUUAUAGCUGUAAUCGACAAAAGGAAAUUGUGAUAGAUUUGGGUGUAUGUGAAAUGUUAUUUUUGUACGAGUAGCUAAAUCCAACUGAAAUAUGGAUUACCUCAAUUGUUGCAAAUUUUUUGCUUGUAGAUAAUUUAAUGUACGUGGUGCGAUUAUUUGUAACAAGAUUCAAUUCGAUAAUGUAACUUGAUAUUUGAUUCGUUAAAUCGUUUCUUUUUUAAUAAUAUCAUUACUAAGAUGACAAAUUCCACCCCUUGAAAUUUCUUGUCCCCUUGUACCUAUCAAAUUGUAAUUAGGUAUGACUUGUAACUUUUGUAUGUAUAGAGUCUGAUUGAGACUACAAUACCAAUUUGUUUUUCAAGUGUGAUUAAAUCACAACAUGAAUAUCGACA